AUGGCGGUCUCCUUGAAACCAUGUAAAGAUACCAAGAAUCUACUGUAUUCUUCUGAACACUGCUGCUGUUUAUUUCCAGAACGCUGCAAAUGUAAGCCCAUUAGAGCUACACAGAAGACCUAUUUCCGGAACAAUUACAACUAUGUCAUUCGGGCUAAAGUUAAAGAAGUGAAGACAAAGUGCCACGAUGUGACUGCAGUUGUAGAGGUGAAGGAGAUUCUAAAGUCAUCUCUGGUAAACAUUCCAAAGGACACUGUCAACCUUUACACCAGCUCUGGCUGCCUGUGCCCUCCACUGAAUGUGAAUGAGGAAUAUAUCAUCAUGGGGUAUGAAGAUGAGGAGCGCUCCAGGUUACUCUUGGUGGAGGGCUCUAUAGCUGAGAAAUGGAAGGACCGGCUUGGUAAAAAAGUUAAGGUAAGCCUAUAUUCUAUGUUCAAAGUAAUAUCAUCCACAGAAAACAUGAGUAAAAACCAGCCAUCUGUCAAAUAA